GCCGGCAAACAAAAUUCGUCAAAGAGAAAGUAAACCUCUAAGUGAAAACAAAUAGUUUAAAUAAACGAAAAUUAAAGCAAAACAUUUUUAAAACAGUAAUCAGAAUGCCUGUAAUCGUUGGAAUCAUACCAAGUGAAGUUUUGAAUAACGCUAUCAAAAUCCCUGUUUUGGGACUCGGUUCAUUAAAUUGUUUCGAUGAAGCAGGAUCAACCACUCAGUCUGUUAAAGAUGCUAUUGACCUGGGAUAUCGUCAUUUCGAUAUCAAUCCUAAAAUCGAAACAGAUGUUGGUGUGGCCAUCAGUGCCAAAAUAAAAGAGGGUGUUGUAAAGCGAGAAGAAUUGUAUCUUGUUGGUAAAUUGUAUGAUACCAAGGCAUUUCAUAAUCCUGCCUUACUCAAGGAAGCAGUAAUGACGACACUAAGGAAUCUUAAUGUGGCUUACAUUGACAUGUACUUCAUACAUUGUCCGGAAGGGGAUGUGUUUUCAGGCGAAGCAUUCACUGAUACAUGGAACGAGUUGGAAAUACUUGUGGACAAUUUCGUGGUCAAAAGUAUUGGACUAUCAAAUUUUAGCGUAGAACAACUUCAGAAUGUGCUAAUUGCGUCUCGUGUAUCGCCCACUGUCAAUCAAAUCGAAUGUAAUCCAUACUUUACACAACGAGCACUGAGAGAAUUCUGUGCCCAGAAACGUAUUUUAAUUUCUGCCUUGAAUAUUUUUGGUACACCUGCUCUACUCGAAGAUCCAUUGAUUGUAGAAUUGGCAAAGAAGUAUAAACGAACACCCGAACUAAUUUUACUCCGCUACCAAAUCGAGAAAGGACAUAUUGCUGUCGCUGAAGUACAGAACAAAUCUGAUUUGAUGAGCCAUUUGGACGCGUUCAAAUUUGAGAUAAACAAUAGCGACAUUUCCGAAAUGGAUAAAUUGGAUCGCCAUAAGUUAUACAUUUGAUCACAUUCUUCACCUAAGUCUUUUCGUUGUUGAAUUGAUCUUUUAAGCAAUUAAGAUUUUUGGACUAAUACAAAAUUGUUUGAGUGUCUACUAACCACAAAACAAAAAAAUUUUAAUUAUAGUCAAAAUAUAUUUCCAUUGAUUGAACCAUCAAUCUAAAAAAAAGAAG